AAGAACAAAAAUCAUUCCAUCGCUAUUGUGAUUAUAGCAGAGAAGGCAAAGAAAGAAAAUAAUGAGUAGGUGUGUAUCUUGUGCGCUGAUUCCCAAUAAGAAUUUCUUGGUAUCACCAAUUCAAAUCCCAAUUCAUAAUGCAGUAAAGGUUAGGGGCAACAAUAGAACUUGUGGCCUGCGCGUUCAGCUUUCUAUGGUGGACUCUUCCUCCGCUGAUUUCACCAGACGCAUCGAACGAGCUUGGUUAAUUUCUAAGCAACCAGGGCCAAUCGUGUGUUCAUCUUGCGACUCAAAAGGGCAUAUUGAAUGUAAAUGGUGUGCGGGUACUGGUUUUUUUAUUCUUGGUGAUAACAUGCUUUGUGAAGUCCCAUCAAGAAACACUACCUGCAUUAUUUGCACUGGAAAGGGAUCAAUGUGCUGUUCUGAUUGUCAAGGAACAGGCUUUCGUGCAAAGUGGUUGGGAGAACCUCCUUCUUCCUAGUACCAAAGCUACUACUCAAAUGGUGGAGCUUCAAGGCUUCUUCUAAGUCGUGAAAAUUGUAUUUAUAUUAUGUCUCGUUUUACAUGUGUCUGACAGAUGCAGCAACCUCUUUAGCUCGCAGAUUAAUUUUGCAUUGAUCAGUAUUGUCUUGUUAUUCAUUUUUUAACAUUGACAUGUUACUAGAAGCAGUAUAUAUUCAUCAACUUGUAUAAAUGCCAUUGUUUUACUAAAUGAAAUAUGGAGGAGUUUCGAAACCACGAUACAGGUUAUUCUGUUUCAACAUGUAAAAGCUUAAGUCGCCAAACAGAGCGCAUUAUAUGAAGUCAUGAUCGGUUUGAAUUUUAA